AUGGAUUACAGAGUUCCUGGGGCAGUGAUCAAUGGAGAAAUACAUGCACAACUCACUGGAGAAACAAAGAAAAAAGCAGGGAAUCAGACACUAGAUCGAGAUCACUGGAACAACAAGCUGGAAUAUGUGCUGUCUGUGGCAGGAGAAAUCAUUGGCUUGGGAAAUGUUUGGAGGUUCCCUUACCUCUGUUACAAAAAUGGUGGUGGUGCCUUCUUCAUUCCCUACCUCAUCUUCCUUUUCACCUGUGGAAUUCCAGUGUUUUUCCUGGAGACAGCCCUGGGACAAUAUACCAGUCAGGGAGGGGUCACUUCUUGGCGGAAGUUAUGCCCUCUUUUUGAAGGGAUUGGGUAUGCUUCUCAAGUGAUUGUGGUACUCCUUAAUUUCUAUUAUAUUAUUGUCCUGGCUUGGGCCUUGUUUUACCUCUUCAGUUCGUUCACCAUAGACCUCCCGUGGGGCAGCUGCGAUCACGAAUGGAAUACAGAGAACUGUGUGGAAUUCCAGAAGAAUGCCUCUCUAAAUGUGACGGUGGAAAAUGCCACCUCUCCUGUCAUUGAAUUUUGGGAGCGAAGAGUGUUGAACAUUUCUGAUGGCAUAGAACAUUUGGGCACAGUGCGUUGGGAACUGUCACUCUGCCUUCUUCUGGCCUGGAUCAUCUGUUAUUUCUGCAUUUGGAAAGGGGUUAAGUCUACAGGCAAGGUAGUAUACUUCACUGCCACUUUCCCAUACCUCAUGCUGAUUGUUCUGCUGAUCAGGGGGGUCUCCUUGCCUGGAGCAUCUAAAGGGAUACUCUUCUACCUUUACCCAGACCUCACUCGACUCAGUGAUCCUCAGGUAUGGAUGGAUGCAGGCACUCAGAUCUUCUUCUCAUAUGCCAUUUGCCUGGGAUGCCUAACAGCUUUGGGCAGCUACAAUAAGUAUCAUAACAACUGUUACAGGGAUUGUAUCGCUCUGUGUUUUUUGAACAGUGGCACAAGUUUUGUGGCUGGCUUUGCCAUUUUUUCCAUUCUGGGUUUCAUGGCAGAAGAACAGGGAGUGCUUAUUUCGGAGGUAGCUGAGUCGGGACCUGGUCUGGCUUUCAUUGCUUAUCCACGAGCCGUCGUCAUGCUGCCUUUCUCCCCGUUAUGGGCUUGUUUCUUCUUUGUUAUGGUGGUUCUCCUGGGACUGGACAGUCAGUUUGUCUGUGUGGAAAGCUUGGUCACCGCUAUAGUUGACAUGUACCCUGGAAUCCUCCGGAAAAAGAACCGCAGAGAAACAUUAAUUCUUCUCGUCUCCAUCCUCUCGUACUUUGUGGGCCUGGUCAUGAUCACAGAGGGUGGGAUGUAUGUCUUCCAGCUCUUUGACUACUAUGCUGCCAGUGGGAUGUGCUUGCUCUUUGUUGCCAUUUUUGAGACCCUGUGCAUUGGCUGGGUGUAUGGUGCUGAUCGUUUCUACAGUAACAUUGAAGACAUGAUUGGGUACCGACCAUGGUCUGUUAUAAAGUACUGCUGGUUAUUCAUAACACCAGCUGUCUGCCUGGCAACCUUUCUCUUUUCCUUGAUUAAAUACACCCCACUGACAUACAACAAGAAAUAUGUGUACCCGUGGUGGGGAGACACCGUCGGCUGGCUGCUUGCCCUCUCUUCAAUGAUCUGCAUCCCCCUCUGGAUUGUCUACAAACUCUCCACCAUUAAAGGAUCCCUGAAAGAGAGGUUCCACCAGCUUGCCUGUCCAGAUGAAGACUUGCCUCAAAGAAUGUGUCCAGGCCAUCACCUCUUCCCUAUGACAGAAUUAGAUUCUCACUGUUAG